AUGGUACCAUUCGGGAUAAACUUGACGUACUAUGCGACAUCGAAAUACGGGUACAUCGUGGAGCCCCUUGUCGGUCCAACAUGCACCUUGGAGACGCCGUUCUCUGCACGGACAUUCAGCAUACGUAAGUCAUGUCUUGUGUACAUUACCCGCGGCUCGCUCAUCCUCGCCGACGUGAUAGUGCUCACCUUGACCUGGAUCAAGACGUUCGGAUUCUGGAGGCAAGCGCGCCGUGCUAACGUCGGAACGUCGCUGACGACGUGUCUGCUGCGCGACGGGACCAUCUACUUCUUAGUCUUACUAGCGAUAAACAUCGCUCAGCUGCUGACCGCUAAUUCUUCUGGGGAUGUGGUGCCCCUAACUCCGUUCGUUGCUACCCUCCCCUCGGUGCUCAUCAAUCGCUUCAUAAUCAACCUACGUACGGCCGAUUCCGAGGCGUCGGGGUCCUCUUACGGUGGUGAUGAACAGCGUGGACUGUCGACAUUGCAAUUUCAAAGAGGGCCGACGACUCGGAAUUUCCUGGGGAAUAUUGGGGAGUCGUUGCAGGAUGGCUGGAGUGACGGAUUCCAAGGGAAUGGCUCAGCAGAAGGGGACGAUGCGGAUCCUCGAGAGAGCUACACGGAAAGCUGAACUGCGCACACGGGACAGUGCCUGACCGUCUCUGACUGUGUC